GGAUUGAAAUCCCUGCAAUAUUACCUCGAGCCACUAGGGGUAUCUUUGUACCAUUUUUCAUCUGUACCGAUUUGGAGUAGAAACCUAUAUUAGUGGAAAACCAGGGUCCUCGGCAUUUUUGCGAGCAGUGCACCCAGAAUCCAAAAAGAUUUUUAAAAAGAAGAAAGAAGGCAAGAAAGAAACCACAGUUCUUUCCGUCACCCGAACUGGGCUAUGAAAUCGCUCUCUAUUGAACAUCAGCACCGGGGAUUCAUUUUUGAGGUCAAUUUCCAAUCGAGAUAAAUCUAUUGGAUUAGUAGGAUUAUCUGAUUGCAGCUGAAAGAAGUAACGUUGUUCGAUCAUUUGUAUUUCUUGCCUGAUGGUCGGAUUUAUAUGGAGGUGGCUUUGGGUCCCCAGGAUUCAGGAUCCUGGUUGCAGCUGGAGAGAAAAAAAGAUCAAUCGACACGUUUUGGAAGUGUUCGUGGGUGAAUAAAAAAAAAAAAAAAGAAAGAAAAAAGAAAAAAAGGAGGGGGCGCAAAACUGGGGUUGCGGCCGCUUAAAGAAGAAAAAAAAUAAAGGAAGCAUCUUGAAUUCUGAAACAAUAUAACGAGGGUGCUCAAGACUCAAAAAAACAAAAAAGGUAUAGAAACUGGUAAAUACUUUGACCAAUUCAGCUUCAAUCUGAAGGCGAAGUGUUGUAGAAACUGUCUCCUUGAAUUAUUGGAAGGGGACUGGGGGAAGAUGAGGGGUCUCCCUCUCUGGAUUUAUCUUAUUGAGGGAUUUAGACCUGCAGCUAACUGGAUUUGAUUUAUAAGAGGGAAAUCCACAGUCAAUGGCCACUCUCACUGCAUGGCUACCAUGGAAUACAGAAUGGUCAAUAGGAUAUGGUCUGAUAAGUAGUGAUGAUUGAAGAUGCUCCUUCAACACCUGUGAAAUCAAUGGGAGGUCCUGGCUGCAAGAAAAGCUUUCUGAGCUUUUCUCGACAAGCUCACCUUUAAGAAAGGAGGUGUACUCUGCCAUUAUAAGGUCUCUCUCAAGUGGAUACAAAUACUUUGCCUCACUGUAACCGGACAACUGGACAACUAAUGUGGGACCAUGGCACUACCCAGAUACACGUGGCCAAAUUAUGUUUGGAGAGCAGCGAUGGCAUGCUUGGCACACAGGAGAUCGGGUGCCUCAUUGACUCUCUGUGUGUUGGGAUGUUUGCUCCAGGCUGCCCAGGUGAUCUCCCAAAAACUGGAUGAUGCAGAUCCACUGGUGACUACCAACUUUGGCAAGAUAAGAGGGAUUAAAAAAGAACUCAAUAAUGAAAUUUUGGGGCCUGUUAUUCAGUUUCUUGGGGUUCCAUAUGCAGCACCACCAACAGGGGAACAUCGUUUUCAGCCUCCGGAACCACCGUCUCCCUGGUCAGAUGUCAGGAAUGCCACACAGUUUGCUCCAGUGUGUCCCCAGAAUAUCAUUGAUGGCCGAUUGCCAGAAGUCAUGCUUCCUGUGUGGUUUACUAAUAACUUGGAUGUGGUUUCAUCAUAUGUACAAGACCAGAGUGAAGAUUGCCUGUAUUUAAACAUAUAUGUCCCAACUGAGGAUGGUCCCCUUUCAAAGAAACAGACAGAUGAUUUAGGUGAUAAUGACGGUGCUGAAGAUGAAGAUAUUCGGGACAGUGGGGGCCCCAAACCAGUGAUGGUGUAUAUCCAUGGUGGCUCAUAUAUGGAAGGUACUGGAAAUUUGUAUGAUGGGAGUGUCUUGGCAAGUUAUGGCAAUGUGAUCGUCAUCACAGUCAACUAUCGACUUGGGGUACUUGGUUUCUUGAGCACAGGGGAUCAGGCUGCAAAAGGAAACUAUGGACUCCUUGAUCUCAUACAGGCUUUAAGAUGGACUAGUGAGAACAUUGGAUUCUUUGGUGGUGACCCCUUAAGAAUCACUGUUUUUGGAUCUGGCGCUGGGGGUUCAUGUGUCAAUCUUCUGACUUUAUCCCAUUAUUCUGAAGGUAACCGUUGGAGCAAUUCAACCAAAGGACUUUUUCAACGAGCAAUAGCUCAAAGUGGAACAGCCCUUUCCAGCUGGGCUGUUAGUUUCCAACCUGCAAAAUAUGCGAGAAUGUUGGCCACAAAAGUUGGUUGCAAUGUUUCAGACACAGUAGAAUUAGUGGAAUGCCUACAGAAGAAGCCUUACAAAGAACUUGUUGACCAAGAUAUUCAACCAGCACGAUACCACAUAGCCUUUGGACCUGUGAUUGAUGGUGAUGUAAUACCCGAUGACCCUCAGAUAUUGAUGGAGCAAGGAGAGUUCCUCAACUAUGACAUAAUGUUAGGGGUUAACCAAGGAGAGGGAUUAAAAUUUGUUGAGAAUAUAGUAGAUAGUGAUGAUGGUAUAUCAGCUAGUGAUUUUGACUUUGCUGUUUCCAAUUUUGUUGAUCAUUUAUAUGGAUAUCCAGAAGGCAAAGAUGUUUUGAGAGAAACCAUUAAAUUCAUGUAUACUGACUGGGCUGACCGUCAUAACCCUGAAACCAGAAGAAAGACAUUAUUGGCCUUGUUUACGGACCAUCAGUGGGUGGCACCAGCUGUAGCUACAGCAGAUCUUCACUCAAACUUUGGUUCACCUACAUAUUUCUAUGCCUUUUACCAUCAUUGCCAAACAGAUCAGGUACCAGCUUGGGCUGAUGCAGCUCAUGGAGAUGAGGUUCCCUAUGUGCUAGGAAUCCCCAUGAUUGGACCUACAGAGUUAUUUCCUUGCAAUUUCUCCAAAAAUGAUGUGAUGCUGAGUGCAGUUGUAAUGACAUACUGGACAAAUUUUGCUAAAACCGGUGACCCAAAUCAACCAGUCCCUCAAGACACAAAAUUCAUUCAUACCAAACCUAAUCGUUUUGAAGAAGUAGCAUGGACCAGAUAUUCCCAGAAAGAUCAACUGUAUCUCCAUAUUGGAUUAAAACCAAGAGUUAAAGAACAUUAUAGAGCCAAUAAGGUGAACCUCUGGUUGGAGCUUGUACCUCAUCUGCAUAAUCUCAAUGACAUUUCUCAGUAUACCUCUACAACAACUAAAGUGCCAUCAACCGACAUCACUUUCAGACCUACGAGAAAAAAUUCUGUACCUGUCACAUCAGCCUUUCCCACUGCCAAGCAGGAUGAUCCCAAACAACAACCAAGUCCAUUUUCAGUGGAUCAAAGGGACUACUCCACCGAGCUGAGCGUCACCAUAGCAGUUGGUGCAUCACUGCUAUUUCUGAAUAUCUUGGCAUUUGCAGCUCUUUACUACAAAAAGGAUAAGAGGAAACAUGAUGUUCAUAGGAGAUGCAGCCCUCAGCGUACUACUACCAACGAUCUGACCCAUGCACAAGAAGAGGAGAUCAUGUCCCUCCAAAUGAAGCACACUGAUUUGGAUCAUGAAUGUGAGUCCAUCCAUCCACAUGAGGUGGUUCUGCGGACCGCCUGCCCCCCAGAUUACACACUAGCUAUGAGGAGGUCACCAGAUGAUGUUCCCUUAAUGACGCCCAACACCAUCACGAUGAUUCCCAACACUAUACCGGGGAUUCAGCCCUUACACACAUUCAACACAUUUACUGGAGGACAGAACAAUACGCUGCCCCAUCCCCAUUCCCACCCCCAUUCACAUUCAACAACCAGGGUAUAGCCAGAUAAGAGAAACAAACUCUAUUUUUUUGAUGGAUUGCAGUAUAAGAUUACUGAAGAUUCCGUGGCUUUCAACCUACAAGACUCUUACUAUUUAAAUAAGGAGGAAUAUUAUGUGAAUAUACAUAUCAAGAACUUUGGGGGUUUUGAAAAAAAUGAAUUGUAUAUAUAUAUACACAAAUCAACUUUAAAAUGAAUUUCAAUUGCUUGAAGCAAUUGUUCUGAAUGAUACUUUUUCAUUCACAUUCAAGAAUUAAUUUUUUGAAGAUUUAUGUUCAUGAUGGAAUUAGGCAUGUGGAACACCAAACAGGAAAGAACUAUGUCUGAAAUAUAAAAAAUAAAAAUAAAAAAACAACCAUGAAUAUGCACAAGGGACACACCAAUGGAAUGUCAGAUAAUUUUCACCAGUUUUUAUUUGGAGCAGUUUAUUGUGUGUAGACCACAUUUACAUGUUUGGAUAAGUACACAAAGCACCAAUGCUGUUAAUGCUGGGCCUUAGCGGAGGCUCAUGCUGAAAUUUGCCAGUAAAACAAAGAAGUUUAAAGACUGGCAGGUACCACAUUAUCACUUAAGUGCUGUCAGUAUAAAGUUGUGGGGAUAAAGGAAACUGGAUAUUUUUAGCACGAUGUGCAUGAUAAUUUAUAUGCUUGGUGGCUGUGCUGCUGAUUAAGCUGUAAUUAAAAUUCUUCUCAUCCCAUUGGAAUUUUAAUAGAAGCUUCUUCCAUCAAUUGGCAGAACCUAAAGAAGAUUUUAAGGGGCAAAAGUAAUUACAAUUAAAUAAUUCACAGUAGUUUCAAUAAUAGAAGGAAUUAGUUAUAAAGGUAUUUGAAGAAACUAUAGGCAUAGUGGUGAAUAGUCGCUGAUAUGAAUCCCAGAACAAACAAUUUCCUGUGUUUUUAAUGUUCUUUUCAUUCCCAUCUAAAUAAUUUAUAAAAAUAUAACCCUAAUUGGAUAUGUGUUACAGGAUCUAUAAUUUGCUGUGGUUUUUGUUACUCUGUAUUUUGUUCCUUUUGGUAAGAUGAAGUGUGUCCAAAGAGUUACUUGCAACAGUCUUUUAUAAUAUGAGGAUGCCCCAAAUUACCACUCUGAUUACAGUUCUCAGUUAAUUGAUUUACUCAUGUUGCAUGACAAAAUGUUUACUACUAAUAAUUCAAUAUAAAGUUAUGUCCCUCCUCACAUCACGUAUCUUUCUCACUGAGGUUCGUUCACUGCAGUUUGCUCAUGCAAUCUCAGUAGAGUACAACGUAGAUGCAGAACCUAGAAAGAGAGUCAACACCAGGAGGAUUUUAGUCUUACACAAAUGUGUGAUUUUAAAUGAAUAUUCUAAGACCACAGGAAACUCUUCAUCCCCUGUUGUUUACCAGUAACAGUAUAUCACAGACCUUUCCAAAUGUUUGUAUAUGUAAUCAGAUGUACAUUUGUAUUAAAAAAAUUGAGAUGGACUUAAAGAGCACAUCCUAAUAAAUACUUUCUCUCUUACCUGUACUAUAUUUCUAUUAGACUAAAGUUAUGUGAUUUUUUUUUACAUUUUUUCAGAUGACUAGCAAUUUUGAUAGUUUGUAAGAUAAUGCAAAGAACUUUCUCUGACAAACUAACUGCAGUAACAGAAACCUUUCUUUUCAGUUACUCUUUUUCAAGAAUGAAAGCUUAUUAUACAAAAAAAAUUGUAUACUACUUGAUGGAACCAACUUUGUACAUCUUGGCCAUGUCACUGGUCAUUGCGUGAAAUAAAGAUAAUCUGGAUAAUGACUAUUAGUCCAAUGAUAAGAGACAUGAUCUUUGCUCAUUAAAGAGCUAAAAUGUUUAUUGCUGUUUUGUCUUUUUUUAAGAAAAAAACAAACAAAAGAAACUU